AUGGGGUGCACUAGGAAACAGACAGACCCCCUCGGCACCCCCAGACCAUCGGGGACCGGGGCGGAGCACUCCAUCCGCUCCUAUCUCACCACGCCAUGGGACCUCGAUCUGACACCAGGCUCGACCGCGGACUCACCCCCAGUAACUCCCGUGCAAUUCUCCCCGACACCAUCAGACCCACCUGACACUCAGGGGGCACUGGAGAGUGACCUCAGAGCCAUCUUACCCACCCUACUCACGAAGGCAGACCUAGAGGCGCUGUCAGACUGCCUCAGCCAGGUGAUCCGCUGUGAGCUGUCCCAGGUGAAGGCUGAUAUCGCCAACAUGGAUGCCAGGCUGACAGUAACAGAAGCAGACACACGGGCCCUCUGCGAAGAAACCGAUGCUGCGGUCUCCACGAUCACAGGCUGCGAAGCGAGCCUGACCCAUAUCACAACAUGGGUCGACGACUUAGACAACAGGAGCCGCAGAAUGAACCUCAGGGUGCGUGGGGUCAGAGAAAUGGGUCCCAAUGAAAACAUCCCAGAGAUCCUCCUCACGGUCUUCAGCCUAGCCUUGGGGGGACAACAACCCAGAAUAGGCCUUGUAUGA